UCGUACGCGAACUGAUGUUAUGAGUUGCUGCGAGGUUGUGUAUAUGUGAUGAGAUAAAGUUUUUCAUUUAUUUAUGCUGCAAGCUUGUAGCGAGUUUUGUUUCUAACUCUUUUGGGAGUGAUGGUUUUGUAAAUUAUUCGAAUACUGUUUUGUAUAUAAGUGUAAGGAUAAAUCGUUGAGUACACAUAGAAGAUAAUUUUCGAUUGCUGUUCUUGUCUAGUAUAAGCUACGACACUGAGCUUAAUAUGCAUUUGCUUUUGUUGUAGUGAAGGUUAUUUGGAAAAAAUUUCGUGGUUGUUAUAAAUGCGUUUGAUUAAUGUCGUACGAAUUUCAUAAAAGAUAGCUUGCGGCAUAUAUAAUCAAAAAACUUUCGUUUGGAACCUAUGAAACUGGUCGCCGCUUUUUGUAUUUGUCGACUAGAAAUGGAUUGUUUCGAUAUGACGUGGAAUUCGAAUCUGAAGUUACGAUAGUUUUAUGAUUGCAAGAAUAAGCUAUUGGUUGUACAGUGUGAUAGAAUUAAUAAAUGCAAAUAGUAACAUUUCAUCGAGUCUUCAUUAAUGAAAUCGUGAAUAUGAUGUUCGAAAAAUGUGCUUAAAGUAUUCAUAAACGGAAAUUUUAUUCGUGUAAGCAAAAAUAACGAGAUGACUAUUUAUACAAAUAAAUGAAAUAGCUUUGAAAUACAAGAAAUUUAAUUUUCAUGCGUAGCUUUUCAGAAUUUACAAUACACACAUUUUAAUUAAUGUCUUAAUUUGUGGUUACUUUUUUCUAUCUUAUGUAAAUACAAUGGUGGUAAUAACCUCUACACAAGCAUUCAUCACAUCGCCAACUUACCUUAGCUGUACAGCCAAUGCAGUUUCAAAAGGGCAGGAACCAAUCUUAUGCUCUUUAUUCCUAAAUAUAUGAGCAGUUUUAACGCCCUAUGUUGACUAAAAUCUAAUAGAUUGCAAAAGCAAAAUUAUCUUCUAUUAGAAGAGACUAAAAUCUAUGAACUAUACUAAUUUUAACUUUAAGCAAAGCAAAUCCAUCCUAAUAACCGUUACUUGCUAGUGGUAAACUUUUGAUUCACGUAUUUUGUUUCUUACCAGCAGUGCCACAGAAGUAUAUAUAUAUAUAUAUUUAGUUACAAGCGUACGUGCACGGUGAUACAAAUUAAUUUAUAGGUCAUAUUAUUAUAAAACUUAAAUAUAAUGCAUAAAAUGAUUCUUGUAUAAUUUAAUCAAAUUCAAGCUUUGAACUUGUAUUGAGUUUUGCGUCGGCAUUAUUUGAUCAAUCUAUGGUUAGUGCGAUAUUUUUUCAAAAAAUGCUGCGUUAAAUAGACGAGUGAUCAAUAACCGAACGUAUGUUUGAUCUAGCAUGAUAAUGAUCUAGCAUGAUAUACUGUAAAAAUGUAUUUAUUGUAUCGCAGGAAUGAAUUGUAAAUAUUGUGCGUUUUUCAUAUUUAUCACGUUUUCGAAGUAUUUAAUACAAAAGUAUUUUUUUCCAAAAUUGAAAACUUUUUCGUGAUAAAAAUUUUAUGUAUUUAUGUUUACAAUCAACAUGAAAUGUUGUUAAGAGAAAAAUUUCCUUAGUGUGUGUACGAUCACAUAAAUUGAGUAUUGAAAACGUCGGAGCAAACCGUACAUAGCUAUUUAACGGACUUUUAUUUUCGCGCAGAGUUGAUUGAUCGAAUGCUUAGUCAUAAAGCCGAUGCCCUUUAUAAAUGAUUUCUUCAUUACCGUUCAGCUGUGCGAGAGUCGACUGAAACGCAAUAUCCUCAAGAUCGUUGAUUUCACUUCUAUUUUAUUCGUAGGAAUUGAGUAGCAGUUUUUUUGUUAUACGUAGCAUGUACAGUGAAUGACUUACAUAAGUAUGAAACAAAUUAUAUCAACUUAUAAAUACUAUACAUACACACGCGAAUGCACGACAAAGCGCUCGCGCGUUCGAUAAUGUAUCAUAUAUUCGUACUCGAUUACCCGAUUGUCCACGCUCAAGUGGACCAUAUUUGUUUUUAUAGAUGGUACAAUUUUAAUAAACGCUAUAGUCACAAUUGUCAUCGUUUCUCUAUGUUUUUGCAUUCCGCUUCUACAUCUGUUUUUGCGAAUGUAGUGUAGCUGCAGCCUCACCGAGCCGUCGAGACGAGACAAGCGCGCUACAUUACGUAACAAAAGAAACAAACAGAAAGCGACUAACAGCCUAACAAGGGAAGAAUAUUCAGCGCAAUGGUCCACAAAUUGCAGCGGGAGCGUCGCUUUCCAGCGACAUUGACGCGAGCUCAACUAAAAAGAUUGCUCCAUUCUUCCCGUCCGGGUAUGCUCGGCAUUAAGCUAUUACACGAACGAGCGCGCGCGAGAGCGCUUUGCAGUAUAUGGGCCACAUCGGAAACUCCGCGUGUCAUGCAGACCCGUGCAUUCAGCACUCGGCGAGCGAGUCGACCUCUUGCAUUCUCCAAAGACUUUUGAAAAUGCAGCAGGUACCGAAAACCGCGUAUCUGCUAUUGCUGCUGCUUCUGUGGACAGUUGCCGGAUGCGACGCUGCGCUCUCUAUUCUGUUCAACGCGAAGAACGGAGCGGUGUACCAUGUGCCGGUCAACCUGGAGAAUCGACUGGAGACGCCGAUCGCGGUGUCCAACACUACGAUUCCAACGACGCACUGUCAGGGCGACGGGAGCCUGGGUCGGGCCAACAUCGUCGACCUGGACUACGACGAGUCGCGACAGCGCGUCCUCUGGAUGUCCUGGAACGAGAGGCUCUACUCGUCCCAGUUACCGAUCUCCAACGCGACUGGUGGCAACCGAUCGGACGAGUUGCUUUUCUGGUACGACUACUACGACUACGUGCAGUUCAGCAGAAGGCGUAUCGCUUGGGACCCGGUGGGCGAGAAGCUCUACUCCGUGGACACGUUCUGGAACCCGACGGUUGAAGUAGUGGACCUGACCGGCAAGCACAGGUCCAUCAUCCUGGCGUUCGGGACUACCGGCAAGUGGAAGGACUACGUGUUCGAGGGCAAGAUGCCAGCGGACGUGGAGAAGGAUGCCUUCGUCGCGAUGACGGCGAAGCAGGAACUACCGAUGGAUCUCGUACUGGAUCCCGGGACCGGAGUCAUGUUCAUCAGGACCAACGACAGCUGGUCCAGUAGAAUCCACCGAGCUAACAUGGACGGAACGUCGCUGAAGCUUCUGAUCACCGAUGCCGGGAAGAUUGUGGACGACAGCUGCAGGAUCGACGUCGAUCGCGUCAACAAGAGAAUAUACUGGAACGAUCGGGAGAAGGGUAGCAUCGAAAGCGCCGAUUACGACGGCAACCGACGUCUCACCGUCGUCAAAGCGGCCAAUCCCGUCGCCCUUGCGGUUGACGGAAACGUCCUCGUCUGGUCACAGAACACAACUGAUCCAUCGCUGCGGGGCCACCUGAGCGUCUGCAAGCUCACCGACAACACCUGCGACCCGGACGAGAUCCGCGACACUAGCCUGUCGGGCAUAAACGACGUUCCCUACAAGCUCAAAGCCGUCCCAGAUCAGGCCCAACAAAUCGCAAACCCUUGCUCGACGAACAACGGCAACUGCCAGCAGAUCUGUCUCCUGAAGCCCUCGACCGACCCGAUCAAGCCGAACCCUAGCCACGGCUGCGGCUGCAAGAUCGGCUACCGACUGAGCGCGAAUUCGCGCGACUGCGAGCCGAUCCUCCGGUACCUCGUCUACGAGAGCGACAACUACCUGCGCGCCAGGAGUCUCGAGCCUCUCGAGCGAGACAACGAGACGCGACCCUACGCCCUCUUCCCGUCGCAGGUUGUCGACAAUGUCGUCGCGCGGGACCAGCUCGUCGCGAUCGACUACGAUCCCAAAGCCGACAAGAUGCUCGUUCUGGGCUGCAAAACCUUGAAGCAGAUAGACUUGGACGACAAUUUGAGGGGAUGCUGGCGCGUGGCCAGAAAUAGUUCGGAUUGCUACAAGCACAUGGCCUACGACUGGGAGUCCGGAAAGGUGUACACCACCAAGGUCAAGGGAAUGAACGGCGAGUACGAGCUGGGCGUCGUGGACGUUCCCUCGGGCUUCAGGCGUUUCGGGAUCGUGGUUCCGGCUAUCCUGCGCAGCAUCGACCGACCACUGUCUCUCGUGGUGCACCCGAAGACCGGCUACCUGUACCUGCUAACCUUCAGCAACGCUACCAACGCUUCGGUGGUCAGCCGCAUGAACGUCGGUGGUCUCGACUACAUCGUCCUGACGAUCGCCGAGGCCCUGGAUGCUCGAGGCCUGGCUGUCGACUCGCUUAACGACCGUCUCUACUGGUUCGCCGAGUCUGGCCGCGUAGGACACUCCGACCUCGGAGGCAACGACGUCAAGGUACUACCGGUCGAGGCUCCCGUGCUCAUGCCCGACUCAAUUCUCGUCGACCGGGACUGGCUGUACGUCAAGAACGAGACGAGCAUCUGGCGAAUGAACAAGAAGACCGGCGCGGACGUUAGUUGCCUAGUGCCCGAGGUCAAAGUGAGCCAGCAUUAUCACGCGAAGCUCAAGUCGACGAUGAGCGUCGUCGCGAGAUCCCCUGGUAGCUUUUCUUACGGCGACGACUACCAGAUAACCAAGUCGGCCUGCAAGGUAUACUGCGCCUAUCAGGAGUUCGCGCAGUACAACGCAACCUUGGAUGAAAAAUUUUGCAAGUGCCCGAAUUUGAAAUCGGAUUAGUUUUUCAUUGUAUUACGCGUUAUGAGAAUAAGUCCGAAAAUUGUUGAGUAUUUAUAUCGCCUGUCAUUUAUUUAUACGUUGCAUAUUUAAUAAAAAGAAUUCAAAUACGUAAAA